ACGGAUAUAUAAACAAGCAAAAAAAUACAGGACGGCGCAACUCACCUCAGAAACUGCUGAAAGUGAACAUAAAUGGUUUCUACUUUCAUAGGACUUUUGGAUAUACAAUCAUGGUGGGAGAUACCGUGCAUUUCACAUUUUUGUUCAUUGUUUAGUUCAGCCUUUGAUUUGCCAGAUAUUGAUAUUGAGGAUUUAGAAUCCGCCUUAUUAUCCGAUGGUACUACCACAGAUGAUGAACAUCAUAUUGCUUUAGUGCCUGAAUUAAUUGUACGCCUACUCAAGGGUUGCGAUGCCUUACGUUCGGUAGCAAAAGAAAUCACCCACAGUAAUUAUCAAAUGUUCUUGCGGCGUUUCUUGCGCCAACAGUGUCGUCUUCACAAUACCGAAAACCAUUUUGAUACCGAUAUUGAUUUUCAAUCGUUACCCGUACGCAAACGUCUCUUGAUUUUAUACGAUCUGUGUCAUUUUCGUUUGGACAGUGUCGAUGUUCAGGUCAUCUUGAAUAAUCUCGAAUCGGAUAGUUUACGCGUCGAACCGUUAGGUUAUGAUUCGAAAAAUUCCGGUUAUUGGUAUUUUUACGGUACGCGAUUAUAUCGCGAAGAUAAACCGGCCGGUGCUGGCAGUAGUAGUCUGAAAUCGAAUUCAGUGUGGCAAGUCAUAUGUUUUACCGAAGAAGAUUGGCAAAAUCUUGCGGCCAAAUUUAAGGCAUCCACCAAUGCCAAAGAGAAAGAAUUAUAUCAAAUAUUAGAUGAGAAUUUUUUGCCAAAAUUACCGCAAUUGUUUAAGGAACGUGAACGCUUGAGGCGAAGAAAAUUACUACAAGUUCGCAAUUCAAGUCGCAUACGUAAUUUGGCCGAACUGAAAGAGCGACAAGAAAAGGAACGCCAAGAAAAAGAACGUAAACAAAAAGAACGUCAACAACGUUUACAAUUUGAACAGCCGCAACCGAAAAACGUACCAACAUGCUCACAACUUAGAGCGCGCAGAUGGUUAGCACGUCAAAAUAGUCUCUCCUAGAAAACAAGAAAAAAA